AAAUUAGAAGUUGUAAAAUUCGAAACUUUAUAUUUUCUCUCUAUAUUUCUUUGAGCUUUGAAAUUAAAAAUAAAAAUAAUAAAAAUAGAAUGGUGAAAAUUGGUUUUGGCAGCGUUGGCGACUCAUUUAGCGCGGCAUCAAUUAAGAGUUAUGUAGCUGAAUUCAUCGCCACUCUUCUCUUCGUUUUCGCCGGUGUCGGCUCUGCCAUGGCUUAUAACAAGCUAACAUCAGAUGCCGCACUCGACCCGGCGGGCUUGGUGGCGGUGGCGGUGGCUCAUGCAUUUGCACUAUUUGUGGGAGUGUCGAUGGCCGCCAACAUUUCCGGCGGCCAUCUCAAUCCCGCCGUGACAUUUGGAUUAGCCAUCGGAGGGCAUAUCACUAUCCUCACCGGCCUUUUCUAUUGGAUUGCACAAUGUCUUGCCUCCAUUGUUGCUUGUCUUCUACUCACAUUUGUAACUGGCUUGGGUGUUCCGACACAUGGAGUUGCAGCGGGACAAAGUGAGAUCCAAGGGGUAGUAAUGGAAAUAGUGAUUACUUUUGCACUAGUUUACACUGUAUACGCCACUGCCGCAGACCCCAAGAAGGGCUCAAUUGGCACAAUUGCCCCCAUUGCAAUUGGAUUCAUUGUCGGGGCCAACAUCUUGGCCGCUGGCCCGUUUAGCGGAGGCUCCAUGAACCCGGCCCGAUCAUUUGGGCCCGCCGUCGCCAGCGGGAACUUCGCUCAGAACUGGAUCUAUUGGGUCGGCCCGCUUAUCGGCGGCGGGCUCGCGGGCCUCAUCUACGGUGAUGUUUUCAUUGGGUCCCACUCUGCAAUUCCAGCUGACGAUUAUGCUGCUUGAGCCCAUGCUUUCAUUUCUUUGUUUGCUUUGUUUCAUAGUGUUGCAAAUGUAAUGGGCUUUUCUUUUUGGAGUUUUAUUUUUCUACUUGGCAAAAAGGUGGUGUAUUUUCUCAAUUUCAAAUAAAAAUGUAAAUAAGUUCCGAAUUUUGUGA